UCCGGGAUCUCGCGGAGGGGCGGGCCGGGGGCGGCGGCCCCGCGGGGCACGCUUGGCUCCUGAGGUGCGGACCUUUAUAGACGCGCCCUCUCGGCAGGCGGUUGUUGGGGAGAGGCUUGCGGGCCCGGAAUGUCGGGGGUGCGCGCGGUGCAGGAGCAGAGCGCGGCGGGCGCGUCUCCCGCGGGCUUCGUGUUGGGACUGGACGUGGGCAGCUCGGUGAUCCGCUGCCACGUCUAUGACCACGCGACGCGGAUCUGCGGCUCCAGCGCGCAAAAGAUAGAAAGUCUUUAUCCUCAAGCUGGCCGGGUUGAAAUUGAUCCAGAUGUUCUCUGGCUUCAGUUUGUGACUGUAAUAAAAGAAUCUGUUAAAGCUGCAGGAAUAGAGAUGAAUCAAGUUGUUGGUCUUGGCAUUUCAACACAGAGAGCAACUUUUAUUACGUGGAACAAGCUAGUACAGAGUUCCUGCCGAGUGCUGCACUUUUUCACUAGAAAUAAACGACUUUUAGCAUUCAGUUUGUUCAGUUUCACAAACCAGCAUGUUUCUUUGAGAUUGGCCUGGAUUUUACGGAACCUGGUUGAGGUGCAAAAGGCAGUUGAAGAAGAUAAUUGCUGCUUUGGGACUAUUGACACCUGGUUGUUACAUAAGCUCACAAAAGGUUCUGAAUUUGCCACGGAUUUUUCAAAUGCUAGUACAACUGGACUAUUUGACCCUUUUAAGAUGUGUUGGAGCAGGCUCCUUACUUCCCUGCUUUCGAUACCACUGUCUAUCCUGCCUCCUGUGAGGGAUACGAGCCACAAUUUUGGAUCAGCGGAUGAAGAGAUAUUUGGUGUGCCUAUACCGAUAGUGGCCUUGGUCGCUGAUCAACAAUCAGCCAUGUUUGGAGAAUGCUGCUUCCACACAGGAGAUGUGAAACUAACCAUGGGAACUGGGACAUUUUUGGAUAUUAAUACUGGAAAUGACCUUCAACAUACUGUUAGAGGCUUUUAUCCACUAAUUGGGUGGAAGAUUGGCCAAGAAGUUGUAUGCUUAGCUGAAAGCAAUGCAGGAGACACUGAUACUAUCAUAAGAUGGGCUCAAGAAUUAGACCUUUUCACAGAUGCUGCUGAGACUGAAAAAAUGGCCAAAAGUUUAGAAGAUUCUGAAGGAGUCUAUUUUGUUCCAUCUUUUAGUGGAUUGCAGGCUCCAUUAAAUGACCCCUGUGCAUGUGCCUCUUUUAUGGGUUUGAAGCCUUCCACCAAUAAAUACCAUCUCGUACGAGCAAUAUUGGAGUCAAUAGCUUUCAGAAACAAACAGUUAUAUGAGUUGAUGCAGAAAGAGAUCCAUAUCCCUGUGACAAAAGUCCGGGCAGAUGGAGGAGUUUGUAGGAACAAUUUUGUUAUGCAGAUGACUUCAGACCUGAUUAAUGCAAAUAUAGAAAGACCUGUCAACAUAGACAUGUCCUGCCUGGGUGCAGCUUCUCUAGCUGGCCUUGCUGUUGGGUUUUGGACUGACAAGGAGGAACUAAAGAAACUGAGGCAAAGUGAAAUGGUUUUCAAGCCACAGAAGAAAUGGCAAGAAUAUGAAAUGCGUAUGGAAAACUGGGUCAAAGCAGUGAAACGCUCCAUGAAUUGGUACAACAAGAUGUAGCGCUAACUGGAACGACUGCAACCAUAUACGGCUGGUUGAUAUGACAUGCAGAUGAGACACAACUCAGGGAUAAAACCCAAUAUGACGAUGACUGAGAGCUUUCAGAUGAGCUUUGCAACCUGAGAGAAAAAACAUUGCUUUUUUGAAUACAAAACAAAAUCCCUCAUUUUUAAAUCUAAACCUUGGUAAGAUUGUAAGGCAACAGUACCUCAAAACUUUAUAUCUUCUGUUUUGUAGCAAAUUCCAAAGGACGUUAGCCAUUUCUAGCCAUAUUUUGACAGCUGUGGGUCCUCCCCGUUUUUAUACUGGGUCAGCAAUACAUACAAACGUAAUGGUUUACUAUCUGAGUUAGUAGUUCUGGGUCAAGCCCCAUUCAUGUUUUGUUCCAAAAUUAAGUGACAAGUGUUCCUUUAAUUAUUUAAGAUUAAGUAGGCUAUAUGAAGUUCACAUAGCUGUAAAGAAAGAAUAACUGAGGAAAUGUGGAAUUUUGCAACAUUAGUAUUUUAUAUUUAAAACCAUAAUUGUUCAAUACUCUAUCCAAAUAUGAGCUCGCUAUGCCCCUCUCGGAUAGGCUUAUUGUUAGUCAAUUCUUUCUUUUAUUGGGCUUAAAGACGCUCACUGCCUUAAUUUUUCCUUGGUUAACCAAAAUAAGCAUUCUUUUUGUAUUGAAAAAAUAACUUUAGUGAAUGAAACUACAAAGGAUAAUGAUUCAUAAGGAACAAGAAAAUAUUUUCUUUCUCAAAUGGGAUUUCUUUCAAAAACUUCUGGCUAAAGUAUAACAUCCCAUUUUUUACAAAAUGCAGGUAGUGGAUAUAAAUCUUGCUCUUCUCUUCCCGUUCUUCAUCUUUGUUGUUGAGAUGCUUGCAUAAAUGUCUUUUGCUUUAAAUUAAGUGCCUAACUGACAGAACUUAAUUUGAAGAAAGUGCCCUAAUUCAUUGGUGAUGUGAGAAUUGUCUUCAUUUGGGUAUUUUACUUACCCAGGUAUCUUUACUUUAGUUCAGUCUACUCAUCUCUGUGAGAUAGGAGCAGUAGGUAGCACCAGAGGUAAUGGGGGCGUGUUCAUGCAAACGAUUGCCUUGCAGUUACGGGGCGGAGCUCCACAGAGAGGAACAGGGACAGUUCCACAUUCUCAAACUUUCUUGAUAGAAACAAAUGUAAAAGAAUCAGAGUUGUGAGUAGCUCUGGGCCUGGUGUGUAAAACUGUCCUAUGGCACUAGACUACCCUCCAACUUGUUCUCAUGUGAUUUGCCCCUCCCUCCACUUGGGCUAGGUUCCAUUUUGAUUUGUAGCAAUAAUGAAUUUAUUUCCCUCUUGGUCAGGCUUUAUGACAUAAAGAUCUACUGUUAUAGAGCUAGUUGUUAAAUACUAAUGUACUUUAAAAAGUGACUGUAAAAGGGAAUUUUGUUGUUGCCAUCAUGUAUGUCCAUUUCAGUGACAGAUAGCUAGAACUAGGGGUCACACUGCAUUUCUGCAAAUUCCAUUUCAGUGAAGUUUGUCUUCUUGAAGUAUUAACAUUUUUGAUAGAAUCAUAACAGCCAAUAUAUAGUAUCAUUAACUCCAUUAAUUAAGAUUUGGAAAUUUUUUUGUGAAGUGGAGGUAUUUUGUUUACUGUAACAAGUCAGAUUACAUUAUGUAGAUAAUAUUCUUUUUAAUUCUUUUCAUUUUUCUUAUGUCCCUUUUACAAAGCUUAGUGACCAAUUGUAGGCCCUUUUAUCAAAAUCAGAUCACGUGCAAGCUGCUCUGUUGUUUUACUGUUUCUUACAGAUUCUGCUUCUCAGAGGGUAUGAUUUCAUAGGAAAGAAUUGUCUCUUUGUGUUAGGAUAUACUGAAUUGUAAUAUUAUUAAUACUUAAAAUUUGUUGGCUCAUUUCUUUUUCACAUUCUUCUUUCUCAUCAUCAACCACAAAAUAAAGGAUAAAUACCUUUUAGAUAAUGUGAAAAAGUAACUGUGAACAUGUUUCAUCGGAAUUGAGCAUCUCCUCAAAAAUCAGUGGCUAAUUUUUUCUUCUGUUAGUCUAGAAUUAAUCUUUUAUUUUUACUACUUCUGGCUUUUUUAGUGACACAGUUUAGUAAAUCUUUGGCCAGAUUUGACCUAAAUCAGAAAUGUGACCACAUUUGCUUUUGUGGUUGUAGAAACAGUUGAUAUUCAAAAUCAGUUGAGCAAAAAAAUUGAUCCUUUCUAUCUUCCAAGUUUAUUUUCAUUUAUAUGCUAAUAUUUGCAGUUUAAAAAAAUUUGUGCUAAGAUUUUUUUAGGAGGUCUGUAGCUAUCUUAUCAAGGAGGAGAGUGUUUCUGUACAAUCCUUCUUGAAGUGGUACUAAUUUCUUUCAUACCUAGACUUGCCGAUUUUUUGAUUUUUUUAUUUUUUCAUAUCCUACCAUAAUACGGUUUCUCAAUCUCAGCAUUACUGACAUUUGGGACAGGUAGCUCUUUGUUUGGGGACGUUGUGCUAUGCACAAUAGGGUAUUUGGCAGCUCUACCUGCUAGCUACCAGCAGCAUCCCCUAGUUGUUGUCAAAAAUGUCUCGUAACACUGCCAAAUGGCCCCCAGGAGGCAGUAUCACCUCCAGUUGAGAACCACUAAUACGGACUAUUAGAAGAAAAUUAAAGGCUCAGCAAAUGUAGUGUGUCUAUCAUGCUUCUUUUCUCUCUGCCUCAUUUUACCUUAGGAAAUCGUUGUUAGCAAAAAGAGGUGGUUGUAUCUUAAAAUAAAUAGGGUUUCUACUUUACCAGUUAAUGAGGGGGAAAAAAAUCGUCGUUGUGAUUGUCUUCUGCUGAUUUUACCCACUGGCCCCCAUCCUCAUGCCUGCAUCCUCUGUGGUCUUAAUGAGUGGUUUAUGACUUCAGCAUAGGAUUAAUGUAGUCUGCAGGGCAUCUUGAUUUGAUCUGCCUUUUUGCUUUCUUUGCAUCUAUGAACAAAGAAGAUGAUCACUCUCUUUUAUCUGCCUCUGUGCAAGACUCCCAUCAAACUGGAAGUUCCCCAAAAGCAGAAACCAUGGCUACUUCCACAGAACUUAACUCUGUGCCUUCCUAUUGGUGAGGUGAAUUUUUACUUUAUAAGUGCAACUUUUUUUUGCAUAUAUAUUUUAUCCUUGAUUUACAUACAUUUGUUGAUAGGGAGCAGCUUACAUUUGUUGCAAGUAAAAUAUAUUUUGUUGGUGGGGCGCCUGGGUGGCACAGCGGUUAAGCGUCUGCCUUCGGCUCAGGGUGUGAUCCCGGCGUUGUGGGAUCGAGCCCCACAUCAGGCUCCUCCACUAUGAGCC